AUGGGUAUCUCUUCAGCAUCACAAGCUCAGCAGGCUCAGAUUGAGCGACAUGACUAUCCGCAAUAUCAGCAAAACUUCUCGGCACCAAGUGCGCCGUACUAUACAGAGAAGAAAGAGCCCACUGCAGAGGUACGACCAGUUUCGCAGUACAAUGAAGGAGAGACGGAAGAACAACCGGAAGAAGCAACCUGGAACCCUGGCUUCUUGAAGCGUUUCCCAUGGCUCGGCCUCGGCGCUCUGUUGCUCGUCCUCAUCUGUCUUGCGGGCAAUUGCAUCAUCCUCGCAGUAUCUAAUGGCAGACCUCAAGGCGAUCAGACAUGGAAGCAGAUGUACCACGACGGUCUUGCCAAGGGCCGAUGGCCAAAGCAGAUCCGCCCAUCGGUCAUUAUAUCACUGCUCAACAGUGUCGCUGGUCUUGCUUUCUCUCUGGCUAUUGCGAAUGGUGUUGCGAUUGCGUGGUGGCGCAAAGUACUGAAGGGUUCGACGAUCCAGGAUUUGCAUAAGUCGUGGAGCUUCAGCUCAAGCGUCAAGGCUGCUGCCCUUGCUGGGAAGGGGUUCAAUGUCAUUGCGUUGGCUGCUUUGGUUGCCAAGCUCACCAUAAUCGAUGGCAUCCUCAUGCAAUCAGCCACCAUCACGGAGAUUGUGGAUGACAAGCCGAACACGAAAGCUACAAUCCAGGCCUGGGCAAACACCACUUUCCCAGUCACGGCUACUUCCAGCGCCCGCAGUGGCAACAAUGCGCAAGUCAUGGACUUCCUCACUGACGAGGUUUUCACCUGGGAGCAGAGCCCAAGGGUGCUUCCAUAUGUUGGCUUCAAGGGAUGCGACAAUGCUACGUGCUUAACCACAAUAGCGGCUGCAGGGUUCGAGUUUGACUGCGGCGAGGCAAUAGAGACGCCUCUUAACUUAUCGCAGGUCCUUUCGCCUGGCCGUACCGCUGAUGGCUACUCAAUCCCCAAGACCGAGUCAAUAUUCGACAUCUCCUUCGAACAGACUACCGAGGUCUCCACUCAGUCUGACGGAACACAAGUCAGCGCUCCAGCUCUGCUCAUGAAGAUCUCGUAUCUUCAAGCGAAGGACAUUGGCGACAGCUCUGCGGACCCCUCGACCUACGAGGGCUGUCCAGGAACAUUGUACAACCAGACCUGCACUCUGAGGCCUGCCGUGGUUGACUACCCGGUGGUCCUAGAGAACUAUGAAGGAGAGCGGCCUUUCCAACAAGUCAAGCUUGCAACCAAGGAUUCUCAGUACGGACCCGUUCUGGACUUCGAUCCUGCUCGUAAACAACAGAGCGGCUUCACUGUCAAGAAUCUCGUGACGUUGGACCCGGAAUUCGGAAUUGGUGCAGUCCAGCGUCUCGGCGGCCUCUAUCUGGCAUUCAACACCUACUUGGGCGGUCACUCUAACGCUAGCUACGAUGGCAUCGCGGGAUACUCCCAGUACCCGACCGGCAAGGCACAAUCCUACGUCUUCCAGAACUUCGGCGGCCAGAAAUGCGGCGUUGUCUACAACAACCCAAUGAAGCCCGACGUUUCGAAACGUAACGUGCAAAGCAUUGUCGCCAUGAUCAACGAAGUCAUGUUCGCCAUCUCCAUGGACGUCAGCGAGACGAAUCCCGAUAACAAGCGUGUCUACGCAGACUAUCCAGCCGUUAUCUACACCGAAAGCAUCCACUUCAAGACGCGCUGGCUCUUCAUGGUCGGCGCUAUCAUGUCGACUGUGUUCUGCAUCAUCUGCGUUUUGCCCACAUAUUGGGGCUACUGGCAGCUGGGCCGCAACGUCAGUCUCGGACCUUUCGAGAUUGCACAUGCUUUCCGUUCGCCAAUGACUGCGCAGGCAGGGAACAAGCCGAUCGAUCAAGUCAUGGAUACCGUGGGACACCAGAAGGUGCAGUAUGGUCAUAUUGUGUCAGGUGAUGCGAGGGGUGUGCUUGGUGUGGCCGAGCCUGAGUAUGUGGCGGGUAUGCCUAGGAGUGCGAAGCAGGACUUUCGUGAGAAAAUUCUGAGGAGAGGCGCUACUCAGUAG